AUGAGCCUGAUCGGGCUGCACGCCCAGGCUGGAGAGGAGAAAGUUGACUUUGGUGCUUGCUCUGCAGUGGCCGGGCUUCCUGGGUCCCUCGCUCCCCUUCCCCUCUCUGAGCGAACCUCACCUGCAGCAAUCCCACCUGCAGCGGUGCGGUCCUGGUGCGCGCUUCCGGGAGCGGAGCGCUGCCAGGUGGCCAGGGGAGCGUGGAGCCGUGUUGUGCUCUGCAGAGUGGGCCAGGCCUCACCUGUUCCAGAUCCCAGCUCUCCUGGAGAGAGGGAGGCAACAUCAGGGUUCCCUGGAGUCCACUCACAGGCAGAACCAUGUCAGUCCAGGUGCCAGACCCUCCCUGAGCCAGCAGCUCUGCCUCCAGGCACGGCCACCCCUCCUGGGACCCUGGAACAGACUCCCUUGCUGCUGGAGUUGCAGAAGCUGCCAGGAUUGGCCAACACUGACUUGAGUGCCCCUAAUCCCAGUAUCCAGGUGACCAUCGAGGUGGUACAAGACCCCCAGGCUGAGGUAGAGAUAGACCUGCUUACUGAGCAGCCCAGCAAUCUCUGGCCCCUGGGCACCCCUAGCUGGCUGUCCAACAAGGAGCUCUUCUGGCCACUCUUCUGGAGAUAUCAGGAGGGUAAAGAAGGGGGCACCAGCCUCAAGGGCACAACAGGAGAAGAGGAGGAGGCAGAAGAAGAGAAGGAGGAUUAUACUGCAGAGUACAGUGAAGGUCAGGACCAAGAGGGUGAUGAAGAGGAUGAGGAGGAAGAGCCUUGGUCUGGUGGGGCCACAGACAGCUGGAACCAGAGCUGGCUGGGCCCCCAGAACUGGGACUUCGAGGAUUCAAACAGCCAUGACUAUGAGCUUCAGGAGGAGUGGAGCUCCUUGUCUCCCUGCAGUGGGAGUUGCAGCAGCGGCAGCCAGCGGAGAACUCGGACCUGCGGCUAUGCCUGCACUGCCACUGAGUCCCGGGUCUGUGACCUGCCCCCCUGUCCUGGCACCGAGGACAAGCACACCUUGGGCUUCCCUGCUGAAGGGUGGCAGCCUCUAGCCCACAAUGCUACAGAUAUGCUUGAUCCAGAUGUGGACAGCUGUGAGAAGUGGCUGAACUGCAAGAGUGACUUCCUAGCCAAGUACCUGAGCCAGGUGCUGCGAGAUCUCCCCAGCUGCCCAUGUGCAUACCCACUGGAGGCUGUGUACAGUGCUGUGAGCCUGCAGGAUGAAAACCAGGGCCGCAGUUUCCAGUGGCGGGAUGCCAGUGGCCCCCGGGAGCACCUGGACGUCUACCAGCCCACUGCAGGCUUCUGCCUACGCUCCAUGUUGUCAGGUGAGAGCAGCACGCUGGCUGCUCAGCACUGCUGUUACGAUGAAGGCAGCAGGUUGCUGACCCGUGGCAAAGGGGCCGGGGCUCCUGAUCUGGUUAGCACUGACUUUUCACCUGAGCUGCACUUCAAAGUGGACACACUGCCCUGGAUCCUGUGUAAGGGGGACUGGAGCCGCUACCACACUGUGCGACCCCCCAACAAUGGCCGGGCCUGUGUCGACAACCCUCCAGAGGAGGAGUACUUGGCCCAACUUCAGGAGGCCAAAGAAUACUGAUGAUGGUCUGGAGAAUGAACUUUGUGCCCUUCACCCU